GGGUUGGCGUUGCGGUUAGACUUUAAGACCAGUCUCCAAUCUCUGCUCUGUAUUCAGCGAUCCACCAGUAAACUCAACUGCUGACGGCAAUGGCGGCCAGAAAGGGCGGAGUGUCUCUGCCGGAGAGGUCAAACGGCGGCAGAAGCGACGGAAUCCUGUCUAGGGUUUCGGCCAAGAUCUCUCAGUCGCCGAUCGUCUACCGGGGCAAGCGCGCCGCCUCGGACGCCGGCUUCGUGGCCAAGAAGCUCCUCAAGAGCACCGGCAAGGCGGCCUGGAUCGCCGGAACAACCUUCUUGAUCCUGGUCGUGCCGCUCAUCAUCGAGAUGGACCGUGAGCAGCAGCUCAACGAGCUCGAGUUGCAGCAGGCCAGCUUGCUCGGCACCCCUUCUGCUCCUCUCGCCCCCCCAAAGUGAUCUCUUGCUUUUCCCUUCCUUUUAUUUAUGCUAUUUUAAGGUUAGAAGGAAACGGAUAUCUUCGUGAUGCUCUUGUCGAUCUGAGGUUUGUUAUAAUUCACGCGUUGGGAUUUCAUGCUCCUGUCGUGGUCCUGUGAUUCGUAUGUUGCAACAUAAGAAGUUCUAGGGCUAAUUUGUGCUUUAAUCUCUUAUACAUAUCAUCAAUUGGAGGUUCGUUGGAUGUUUGGCAAACAUUGUGAAUUAAGAUAAUGCCCUAGUAUUGCUCA